AUGUGGUCAGCCUCAAUUGUUGCUGUUUGCGCGGCAUCUCUCCUCCAAAGCGCCGUCUCCACCCCAAUCCACCGCCACUAUCCCCACCAAUUCCCCAGCCCCGAGAUAUGGCCUGCGCCGGCAGUGGGGAAGGCCCUGGAGCCGCAGAUGCCGGGCGAAGACCUCCAAGCCAUCAUUGCGCAGAUAUCUCGGGACAAUAUCGAGGCCACGAUCAGGAAGCUUGCUUCCUUUGGCACACGUCACACGCUGUCGAGCCAGACUGAUCCGAACCGAGGCAUUGGCGCAGCGAGGACAUGGCUGACGGCCAGGUUUCAAGAGGCCGCCGCGGCGAGCGAGGGGAGGAUGACGGUGGACUGGAAUAGCUUCAUCAAGUAUCCUGGAGACAAUGCACGAAUCCUCUUCCCAGUCAACAUCACCACAGUGGUUGCAACGCUCAAAGGAAGCGAAGAUCCAGACCGAUACUACAUUACUGGCGGACACUACGACUCCCGGAACAGCGAUCCUGUCGACUACCAAGGAGACGCGCCGGGCGCCGUGGACGAUGCUUCAGGCGUAGCUGUGUCGCUCGAGCUUGCGCGCAUCUUCGCCCACUACAAGCCCAAGUCGACGAUUGUAUUCACAGCGUUUGCAGGCGAAGAGCAAGGCUUGCUCGGCGCCGAAAACCUGGCGCAGACGUACAAAAAUGCCUCGACCAAUGUCGCGGGCAUGAUCAAUCUGGACAUGGUUGUACCAGGUGGAGUUUCCCGCGUCAAUGACAUGGGUCCAGUGCGGCGCAAUCGUCUCGCGGUACACGAUUUCGUAGCGCUUGACGGGCAGCCCCGCGGGCGGGGUCCAUGUGAACUGGCUGAAGUUGUCCGACCCAGUCGUGUUGAUGCCGACCUUGGUCGGGACCCCCGGGGCAUUGGCAAGACUCCACAUGGUGCUCGCGACUACCUUUGCGGCGCGCGUGUUGUACUCAAAGUCGAGCCAUUCGACCACGUCGCCGUACUGCUUGCCGUUGCGUACAGUCACGUUUUGGUGCUGCUGCGUGUAGUCUUCGUUGGGCUGCACGAAGCGCACGCCCGUGUAUCCGGCCUCGAGGAACGGGCGGUGGUCGCCGCCGCGCCCGUAGCGGUCGAGCCGGUAGAUGAGGCGCACCGUCAUCUCGGUCCACGCGUUGGACGCCACUUCGUAGAUGUGGCGGCCCAGGUUGCGCGCUGGGCUGUCGUUUUCCCCGCCGAUGCUCAGCCGUGA